AUGACUUACUCAAAAAGUUCAGCAUAGCUUCAAAAUAAUGAAAUUAUUUCAUGCAAUUUACAUUAGAGAAUAGGUGAGCAAAAUUAAUAAAAAAACUACACAACUGAGAAAAAUUAUAUAACAAAUAUAGAUCCUAUGAUCAUGACUCUUCCAAAAAAAUUGGUUUACCAUUUAAUUUGA